AUGUUUUAAUGAGCACCAAUCUUUCCUUGGGAUACAUUGCUCCUAAAUCCUCAAUUCUCCAAAUCAAUUACUCCUAAAGAUCUAAAUGAUUGUAGCCAUUGUUUCUACAGGAAAAAGGGAUUUGCAUCUUGAUUGGCCUACCCGGUUCAAUAUAUGCCUGGGAACUGCGAGAGGUCUAGCAUAUCUUCACGAGGAUUCAAGGCCAAAGAUUGUACAUCGAGAUAUCAAAGCAAGUAAUAUUUUACUUGAUGCAAAACUCUGCCCCAAGAUAUCAGAUUUCGGUUUGGCAAAGUUGUAUGAUGACACGAAAACUCACAUCAGCACAAGAGUUGCAGGGACCAUUGGUUAUCUGGCACCGGAGUAUGCAAUGCGUGGACACCUGACAGAAAAGGCUGAUGUGUUCAGUUUUGGUGUUGUUGCUUUGGAGAUUAUCAGUGGAAGAGCAAACUCUGAUACUAACUUGGAUAGUGAAAAGAUUUAUCUUCUUGAAUGGGCCUGGAGUCUUCAUGAAAGUAACCAAAGUUUGGGGUUGAUAGAUCCCCAGUUAACAGAGCUUAAUGAAAUCGAAGCUCUUCGAGUAAUAGCAGUGGCUUUGUUGUGCACUCAAGCAUCACCAGCAUUACGGCCACCAAUGUCACGCGUUCUUUGCAUGCUCACUGGAGACAUAGAAGUGGGAACUGUUACUUCAAAGCCAAGUUAUUUGACUGAUUGGGAUUUUAAGGAUACGACAAACUGCUUUUUUAACGAAGAUAUUGAUACAUCCACAUCUGCAAGAAGUUACAGCAAAAAGAAUAGCCAAUCUGAGAAUGCAACUGAUCUUAGUUCUGGAGUUGACCCACUGCUNUUAUACUCCUUUAUAGGGAAUUGUUACUUCUGUUAA